CGUCAUUGGCAGCUACUUGUGAUCUCCAUACCGGAGAACAUUGCUGUCUGGUUUUGUUCAUUGCACAAGUCUCCUCCCAGCCCUCUUAGACAUGUAAUAGAUUGGUUUUGGUCAAGAUCUCGCUUCACAAGUCAAGCAAUGUGUGAUACCCUAGAUAACAACAUCAAUGAAGCUUUCAACAGUGUUCUUGUUCAUGCUAGAGGAAAACCAAUUAUAACCAUGCUGGAGGAUAUUAUAGUUUAUCUCAUGAAACGAUGGGCCACCAACAGAAGCAAAGUGGCAUCUAUGGAUUUCACAAUAUGCCCAAAGAUAAAAAAGAGACUUCAGAAUUUGUCAAGAUUUUGGGUUCCAAGGUAAUAUUGUCAUUUAUGUUGAUAUACAAUUGUCAUUUAUGUCCUUUGUUGACGUGCUUUAUUUAUUUCAGCUGGUCUACACGAAAGAUUUUUGCGGUUAACCACACUUCAACCAUUGGGAACAAUUUCACACUGGACCUGGACACUAAACAAUGUAGCUGCAGAAAGUGGAUUAUCAGUGUCAUCCCAUGCUGUCAUGCAAUUGCAACAAUGAACUACUCAAAUUUAGACCUAGAGAAUUUUAUACCCACUUGCUUUAGAAGAUCCACAUAUGAAGAGGCGUAUGCCUCCAUCAUUUUUCCACUGAAUGGUCACCUGCUAUGGGAAAGAACAACCUUCCCUGAUCUACUGCCGCCAGUGAAGAGGAAGUUGCUUGGGAGGCCAAAGAAAAAAAGGAGGUUGGAGGCAUGGGAGCUAACUAACGAUGACACCCAAAUGCGUGUUGGUGGGCAUAGAAAGAAAUGUAGCAUUUGCCGUCAGAGGGGGCACAACAAGAAUAACUGCCCUUUAUGUCCCCAGCCAGCAGAAACAAUAGAGGCAAUGGACGAAACACAACCAUCACAAGCACCUCCAACUACCCAAUCCCCUCUACCAUCACAGCUACCAAGUCCCCAAUCAACGCAUCCACCAAUGUCGAGGACAAAAUUACAUGAUAGAAGAAAAGCUACUUAUAUGAUUUGGAUCUAUUAUGUACUGUGCUUAAGAACUUUAUUUCUUUACUUUGAUGAUGAUGUAAUGUGGUUCAUGAACUUUAAUUAA